CGUCACCUUCAUGUUUCAAGCCGCACAAUGGGCGGAGAUCUCUGCUGUUUCCUUCCAAAAAUCAACUGAUGAUCAACCCACGGGAAACGGUUCCUAUGUAGCGGAUUUAGAGCGACAUGCCAGGACUUAGAGUGAUGGACUGGCUGUUUGGCAGGAUUUCCUGGCAGAAGGAUGAUCUGUCGAUUAUAAUAUCGUUCGAUUAACACAUGUUGCACCGGAGCCGCAUUCAUCGCAUCCCACAUCCAUUCAGGAUUCUGUCUUUGGAGUAACAAGAUCUAAAACUCAGUUUUCCGGCCAGUAUUUGUGUUUUUAUGCGUUGGCCUGAGUCGUGGUCCAUCUUUGCAAAGUCAUGGAGCCCAACAUGGAGUACAUAGUGGCGCAGGUCACGCAGAAAGAGGUCGGACGUCGGUUUCAAGUGGGGCCGGAAAUCAUAGACUACAUCCUGGACAGACAGAAGUCACAUGACCUGGAGCACGAUCAGAGCAUGCUGGACAGGAUGGUGGACAGUCUGGCAACCACAUGGGUCAACGCGAGCAAUUUCAAGGUGGCGCUGCUGGGAAUGGACAUAGUGUCUGCGUUAGUGACCAGAUUACAGGAGCGCUUCAGAACACAGAUAGGAACAGUUCUGCCCAGUUUAAUCGAUCGUUUAGGGGACUCUAAGGACCAGGUUCGAGAUCAAGCGCAGUCUCUUCUGUUAAAAACCAUGGACCAAGCGGCCAGUCCACAGUAUGUUUGGGACCGAAUGUUGGCCGGAUUCAGACAUAAAAACAGCCGGACCAGAGAAGCUGUUUGCUUUUGCCUUAUUUCCACUCUUAAUGUAUACGGAUCUCACGGUUUAACGCUAAGCAAGAUUGUUCCUCACAUUUGUCAUCUGUUAGGAGAUCCCAGCAGCCAGGUUCGGGACGGUGCGAUGAACUGUCUGGUGGAGAUUUACAGACACGUGGGGGAGAGAGUGAGGGUGGAUCUGGGGAAAAAGGGGCUGCCGCAGUCACGGUUGAAUGUGAUUUUCAGCAGGUUUGAUGAAGUUCAGAGGUCUGGGAACAUGAUCCUGUCCUCAGAUAAGAACAUCGAUGAUGAGGAUUCGGUGGAUGGAGGUCGUUCCUCGUCGUCCUCUAAAGGAGCGUCAUCGGUGCAGCGGACGGGAUCCAUGCGCAGGCCGAGCUCUGCAUCCAGCACCAAGAGCUCAGGUAAGGAGAGCUCUGGUGCCGGUGCUGUCGAUGAAGAAGACUUCAUCCGUGCCUUUAAAGAUGUGCCCGCUGUACAGAUUUACUCGGCUCGAGAGCUUGAGGACUCCAUGAACAAGAUCCGAGAAAUUCUCUCUAAUGACAAACACGAUUGGGAACAGCGAGUGGCUGCACUAAAGAAGGUUCGUUCUCUGUUGUUGGUCGGCGCGAGCGACUACGAUGGUUUUUCGCAGCAGUUACGGCAGCUGGAGGGGCCGCUCAAACUGUCGGCCAAAGAUCUGCGCUCGCAGGUGGUGCGCGAGGCCUGUAUCACACUCGGGCACCUGUCGUCUGUGUUGGGCAAUAAAUUUGAUCAUGGAGCCGAGAACAUCAUGCCAACGUUACUGAACCUCGUCCCCAACAGUGCUAAAGUUAUGGCCACAUCCGGAAUGGCGGCGAUCCGUGUCAUUAUACGGGUGUGUUUAAACACACACACACGCUGUUAUGAGUUUUUAGAUCUUCUGCUUCAGGAGUGGCAGACGAAUUCUCUAGAGAGGCACGUCGCCGUCCUGAUGGAAACCAUUAAGAAAGGAGUUCACGAUGCUGACUCUGAGGCCAAAUCAGUCGCUAGAAAGGUCACAAAUGCUAAAGUGGUGAGUUCUCGCGUGUCCUCUUCGUCCGGCUCUCUCCAGCGCUCGCGCAGCGAUGUGGACGUUAACGCCGCGGCCAGUGUUAAAUCACGAAUGCCGGCCGUCCCCUUCAGCUCAGCCGCGGCGCUGCCACCCGGUUCCUACGCCUCUCUGGGUCGUGUGCGAACAAGACGACAGAGUUCAGAGACGGCAGCUGGGGGCGGAGCUUCUGUGACAGACAGCAGGGGGCGGAGCCGAGCCAAAGCUGUGCCCCAAUCACAACGAUCCAGAUCGGCUAAUCCGGUGGGGGGUAAAACUCACGCGGGCAGCCGCUCUAGUUCACCCGGGAAGCUCUUGACUUGUUCUUCCGGGAGAAUCCCUCGAUCCGCCGGAUCCGCUCGAGCGCCGGCAGACAGAUGCAGUAAGAUCCCGCGCAGUCAAGGCUGCAGCCGAGAGACGAGCCCCAGCCGAGCACGAGACGUGCGGGCCAGUCGUAUCCCGCGGCCCAGCAUGAGUCAGGGCUGUAGUCGUGACACCAGUCGGGAGAGUAGCAGAGACACCAGUCCGGCUCGAGGGUUCAGUCCGCUGGCAUCCCACAGACACUCGCGCUCCACCAGCGCUCUGACAGCCGCUGGCGUCCUGCAGACAGAUCGGUUCGGUCUCAUCCAUCAGGCGCGGAUCUCGGCGUCUGUAAACGCCAUGCGGAUCCUGAACACGGGCACGGAGGUGGAGGCGGCCGUGGCAGACGCUCUGCUUUUAGGCGACUCCAGGAAUAAGGUAGUAGAUUUAUGGACACCUGAUUGUGUGCAUUCUGCUCUCAAAAUGUUCAUCAUCAUUUCAUUUGAUUUGUAGUUUCUUUAAUGAUUCAAUCAUGCCUGCGGCAUUUCAUACAAAUGUAUAAUAUAAGAUGAAAAUGUCACAAUGCAAAGAAGUCAUAACGGUCCUAAAAAUUAGCCUUCAUUUUCUCAGAG